AUGCCUUCCAUUCCAGAAGCAAAGGACAGUAAGCUGGGUCCUGAGACACCUGCCCACAAAAAACCAGAACUCCCCGAGUUCACUUUAAAGAAUGUGUCGCUUGACAUCUUACAUGGGGUGCAGGCUCUAGUCGUCAGCCCAAAGGCUACCUUGAUUGUGGCCCCAAUGUUGGUGGCAGUGACCUCAAUUCUCUGCAAGGUCAUAAUUGCAAGGGUCCCCUACACGGAGAUCGACUUUUCCACGUAUAUGCAACAGGUGGAGCUCAUUAACGACGGUGAAUUGGACUACGCACAGAUCUACGGUGACUCUGGCCCCAUAGUCUACCCAGCAGGGUUCGUUCAAGUGUACCAGUUUUUGUAUUCGAUGACCGACGGAGGUCAGCAAUUGAGAACAGCCCAGUACAUAUUCAGCUUGUUACUCACCCUGACCACCUUUUUAACAUCAGCAGUAUACAUCACUGCUGGCGCAGGGUCUAUCCCACCUUGGCCCUUCUACUUGUUGGUGUUGUCGAAGAGACUCUUCUCCAUCUACUUGCUCAGAUUGUUCAACGACUGCUUCACCACUAUUGCUAUGAUUGGUGUUACUUUGAUGCUUCAACAAGCCUCCUACUGGUACUCUACCGCUGGUACUUUGAUCCCCUACCUCUUGACAUUGGUCGCUGCGGACCUCUUCUCUUUGGCCAUCAGCGUGAAGAUGAAUGCCUUACUUUAUUUACCAGGCUUCGUGAUCGUUAGUUACUUUCUAGUAGGCGAAAACUUGGUUAAGUUGGUCUCCGUUUUGGCUGUCAUCCCCAUAGUCCAGGUGCUAGUUGGUUGGAAGUUCCUCUUGCCAUUGUUCUUAGGAAGCGAUGAUGUUGAUGCUUCGAACAUCAGAUGGAACUAUAUCAAUCAAGCUUUUGACUUUCUGAGAAAGUUUUUAUACAAAUGGACAGUCAACUGGAAGUUUAUACUGGAGGAUACUUUCCUUUCAGAUACGUUUGCCAACACUUUACUCAUCCUUAAUGUCGCUACCUUGUUGGUGUUUAUAUUCACCAGAUUCUUGUCACCUAAGGUGACUGGUAAGCCAUUGACUGAACUCAUCGGUGCUGCCAUCACGAAACCAUUCUCCUCCACGGCAAUUAAGCAGAAGAACUUGUACCUCAACUCCACCCAUGGCCCAAGACUUAUCUUGUUGACUCUUGCUUGUUCUAAUGUUAUCGGGGUGUUGUUUGCGAGAUCUUUACACUAUCAGUUCCUCUCUUGGUACUGCUGGCAACUACCAUACCUUUUGUACCUGACAGGUUGGAACUUUGCUAUAUGUGGAGCAAUCUGGGCCGCUCACGAAUACUCUUGGAACGUUUUCCCUGCCACUGCAGCCAGCUCAGGACUCUUGGUAUCCAUCUUGCUGGUUGUUCUUUUUGGUGUGUGGAAUAACAGAGCCAACUGGUUUGUCGAAGAAGACUUAAAUAAGAAGAACCAGUAG